AUGAUUCAGACACAGUCCCAGUUUGAGGAAUCUCUGCCCGGUGGCUCUGCAGCACAGAUGGUUGAUGCUUGCGACAUUGAGACUCCUGCUAGAAGGCACAGUGAAUCUACCGCGAUGGUGGGAGGCCUCCUCUCCGCUCACUUGCUGUCGAAGGCCGCGGGGAUGGAGCUGGAGGCGGGGUGGCCCUGCUCGGGGCCCCUUCUCAGGAUGGCUGAAGAAGCUGCACGCAGACUUCUGCCAGCGUUCCACACUCCGACAGGCAUGCCGUACGGCACGGUGAACCUGCUGCGCGGAGUGAACCCUGCGGAGACGCCAGUGACCUGCACAGCCGGGGUCGGCACCUUCAUCCUGGAGUUCGCCACACUGAGCAGGCUUACCGGGGACCCGGUCUUCGAGAAGGUGGCCAGGAAAGCACAUAAGUAA